AUGGAGUUUCACACCAAGCGGUCGCGUGCCGCUUUAGGAUCGGCCCCAGAGCCUUUGCCACCCAAGCGCAGGGCCUUGAAUGUUGUGCCGUCCUCACCACCUUCCGUCUCGUCGCGUGGCAUGGCCCAUGUUCCACGCACGUCGAUCCGUGCCGCCAAAAACGACAGCUCCUCUCGGAGAUUAUCGGCGACAUCCAGCGACGAGUCCGAUGUAUCAGAGCGUACGGGUUCCUACCGCAUGAGUUUCUCAAGAAAACCUGCAGUGCACUUCAAGGCUUCUCCUCGUGUAGAUCCAAUUCUUUUCGAAGCCGUAUCUCGGUACUCGGAUUCUGAAAACGAACCAGACGGCAACACUGCAUGUCUGGUACCGAAGGCUACCCCUGUAAGCAACGUGCAACACGAACUGGGGCUGCCUCAAGAAAUAGCUGCACCGCAAUCCAAUCCAUCAGAAGACUACCAGCAGGCCCUCGAAAAUGCAUGUGCGCUCGAAAAGCGCAAAUCUCCCUCUAGACAUGCGUCGUUUUCGUCCAUCAUUCGCAAGCAGACCAUUCCACAUUCAGAUUUAGAAGCUCAAGAAAGAUGUUUCGACUAUUUGCUGCAAUCCAUCGACGAGGUGUGGGCGCGCUACUGCAAUGAAACCUCGACAGCGGAAGCCAAAGUCUACGACAGUAUGUGCAAACCACGACACGUAUGCUCGCCAGAGUUUUCUACACCCUCUGCAGAAGAUUUCAGUGUAGCGCAUACGUCCAACCCUGGCUCUCCACAAUACAAACGCAGUUUUUCCUUCACCUCUGUCAACCGAAAUGGCCUCUCUUACUCCGACGAUGACAGCGAUGACACAAGCGGCUACAAAUCCGAGGUGACGAAUCCAACCGAAUAUGAGACUGAUUGCGAUUACCGCAAAAUAUCCAAGCUUCCAGAUUCGGUUCGGCUGCAGUCGCUCAAAGACCGUCUUUGUAGAGCGAAAAACGAUUUAGAAGCAUUGCAUGGCUCCAGUUGUUACGAAGAAUGCGCUAGAUUUUGGAGAAGAUGGGAUAUGAUAAAAUAUGGGGCUGUGGAGAUGAUGGAAGAAGAUGACGAAGACGAAGUAAUCGAAUCCGUGAUUGACGAAUUGGAAAGAGGUCGCUGUUUCACCAGUUAA